GUUCGAACUUGGAUUCAGUAUACACAAGUUACAGAUCCCGAUAGAGUCACAGUUACAGAUUUUCAAGCACAAACUUGAAAGUCCAUCGAACUGCUGACUGGGAUCACGGCCCGGGACACGGCCACUGAUCCGGGUCGCCAUUUGCCUUUUGUCGCCAUGUUCCCCGUCUUCGGAGCUCACUCGAGCCGACGGCGGUGGCCUCUGAAGCUGAUCAUCGGUAUAUGUACCCUCCUCUCGCUCGUUUUUCUCAUCGGAAUCUACACCUGGGAGAACCGACAGCCGUCACGUGGAGAAGCAGUGCCGUUUGCAGAUCAAUUGCCCGGAGUUGCAGUUGGAUCAACCACCGUGACGGCGGAGGCAGAUCGACUCCAACCCAGUGUCGUCUCCGAGCCACCACAUACCACGAGCGCCCGUUCAGAGCCUCCCGGGCCCCGCCCCAGUCCGUCCGCGGCCGCAUAUGCAUCCGCGCUGGGGCAAUCCACCCGCGCCUCCGCGCCAGACGUGGCACGCUGGGCGCCUCUGAGCCUAUCUGCCUGCCUCCCGGGGAUGGCCAACGUCUCAGCCCCGUGCUAUGCGCAGGCCUCGCUCCCGCAUGCAGUCUACGCGGAGGAGCUGCUGUACCCGGAUUUCCAGAUCCGCGAGCCGUGGUUCGCGCAGGAGGUGCACCGGGACAGAUGGCUUGCGGCGCUCGAGAAGGACGCUGAAUUCAGGCAGCGGGCGGCGUUCGAGGUCGAUGGAUGGGUGAGCUAUAGAGGCCAGGUUGGCCAGAAUUUUAUAUUCAAAAACGCUGUGUAUGAGACAGGUGCUCAAGCCGUUACCGGCUGGAGCUCCAAGGCCUGUAUGUCCCGGGGUGUAUUAACAUCUCCGAUCCUGUCGCCCGAGGAUUGGUCCAUUCUCUCGACUAUUCCGCGCACGAGACCCGGCAGGCCGCCCAUAACCGAACCAAGGAAGAUUCUAGGACAUUAUCCGGUGCUUUCUAUCGUGCUCACCCCUGACGCAUCGACCUUCCAGCACUUUCUGGACCGUGCGACACAUGUUAUAGCCCAAGGCGAAUAUCUGCUCGACGGGCCUGCCGAGGAGAGAUAUGUCUUGACGGCCAGACCAAAUCCCUAUAGCGUUCAGGAGCUCUGGACUCGACUUGGCUAUCCCUCUGGCCAGAUCGUCGGAGCGUCCAAGAACUCGUAUUAUGCCGCUGAUGUAAUGGCGUUCUCUUGCCGGGCAGUUCUGGUUCAUCCGUGGCUGACUUUGAGGACACGCGAGUUGCUGAAAGUUCACAAUGCGACAACAUCAAACAUCCGAAACAAGAUUGUGUACAUGUCGAGAGAGACAGGACACACAUCGAAUCGCGGUCGCCAUGUCAUCAACGAAGAGGCUGUUCUAAAAUACCUCACAAAUUAUCUCGCUACCCGAAACAGGGGAGAAGAACUGGUUGUUUUCGACCACGACUCGUUCAGCUAUUUCUCCGAGCUGAUAGACUGGGUCUCGAAGAACGCGCUCGCCAUCGUGGGGCCCCACGGCGGUGCCAUGUUCAACCACCGCUGGGCAGCUCAAGACACGCUCGUGGUCGAAUUCAUCCCCGACAAACAUGUUCCGGCUAUGAUCUGGGAGGAAGUAUCCAUGCUCUCGCAAACAUACGCUGCCAUCGUCGUCAAGUCGGUGAGACAAGGCCGGGGCCCAGAAACAGACAUGGUCAUCGAUCCCCGGGACGUGGAAGAUCUGUUGGCGCGUUUUCUGGACGGCCGCGAGAACAGGAGUCUUCCCCUGAGAAAACCAAUUUAUCCGUGGGAUGGAAUGGAGGUGCGGAAACCUGGAGCUUAGAGGACGAUUAAACAUGCUAGAGCUCUGGAUCGGCCAGGAGCUAUAAGAGACGUGGCCAUCGAGCGCGAUAUGAGCUCAACACACCGAGAAAGCAUCAUUCAUCCCCGAGGUGGCAUGUCUCAUUGCCGAAAGGAAAUAGGAGGAAGUCAGAGGGGACUCAAAAGCAGUGCCUUUUAUUUUGAGUUCUUAUAUACGGAUAUCCUAUCAUUUUGAAGAAACCCUAGGCGCGGGUGUGGUCGGUGAAGAAUCUAAAGCGCGGGCUACGGCAUAGUUAAGGCCCGAUGAAUGUACAACGACCAAGACCUGGUGAUGAAAUUUGACUUGCGCAUUAUCAGCGUUC